ACGCCAGUACAUUUCGCAAUGGCAGAAGCGGAGCCUUGGUUGAGCAGAAUUCCUUGUCGCUAUUACAACCACGGAAUAUGUCGGGCUGGCGACAGCUGCCAUUAUGCUCAUGACCAGGCUUUGAGGCGUUCAUCAUCGCCUGGGCCUGAAGGAGUCCCAUCACCAAGACCUCAGACCUGCCGCUUCUUUCUUCGAGGAUGUUGCACUUAUGGAGCAAAAUGCAGAUUUGAACACACCAAUGCAGAGUCUCCUGGAAACAGUUCAGGGGAGAUGACAAAAAAUGCCAAGGGUCAUCAUGGAAAUCGUCCUGUCAAUUUGCCCAAGAACUGCUCAGGGAGUCCUAACAGUAAGAUGGUAGUUUUAAAGAAGGGAUCCAAGUCUGCUGAUUCUAAUGAUAGUGGUAUCGACAUGGAUGGGGGCUCAUCUACAUGUAUAUCUUCACCUCCGGCAGCAAAGCCAAAGAAACCAGAAGAUUGGGUUAAGGCGGCUGAAUUUGUGCCUGGGCAGCCGUACAGAUCUCAAGGUAUUGGUACGUAUUCUGAAGUUGCCAGCUGCGGUGUCUUCCCUGAAGAAGAAAUAAUAAGGGGUGGAUUUCCAGUUCCAGCAGAACCCGUUACUGAGCAAUCCAAGAAACUUCUCUGCCCAUUCGCUGCUAAUGGCGAGUGCCGCUAUGGAGAUAACUGUACAUAUACUCAUGGAGAUAUCUGUGACUUGUGUUUUCAUCCUUGUCUACACCCAACUGAUGAUGAACAGAGGAAGAAACAUCAUGAGGAGUGCAUGGCUGAGAUUGAGAAGGAUAUGGAGGAAUCAUUCGCCUUCCAACGAAGUAAAGAGAUGUCAUGUGGUAUCUGUAUGGAGGUGAUCAUGGAAAAGGAACCGCAUAAUGAACGCCGCUUUGGCAUUCUCUCGCAUUGCAAUCAUUGUUUCUGUCUGAGCUGUAUCAGGAAAUGGAGGCAGGCCAAGCAGUUUGAAAAUAAAGUUGUCAGAGCAUGCCCAGAAUGUCGGAAAACAUCUGACUUUGUGACACCAAGCGAGUAUUGGGUGGAGACGAAAGAAGAGAAAGAGAAACUCAUAGAAGGCUACAAGAAGGCUCUUGGACAAAAGGCAUGCAAAUACUUCGAUCAAGGCAGAGGAGAAUGUCCAUUCAACGAAAGGUGCUUCUACAAACACGCACUGCCUGAUGGAACAAUUGUGGAGGCAAAGCCGCGGCCAAAACGCCGUCGUCAGAAUGCUGAUGGAGAGUCUGACGUCAUGCAGUCGAUGUUAUUGUGGGAUUUUAUGGAUGAGCGUGACAUGCUAUACGAUUUGUUCGUGAAUGACCUCUUGGAAGAACUCAUGUUCCCGAGCUGGGAAGACCCAGAUUUCCUCGAUACAGACUCUGAUGAUUCAGAUGACUACUUCAAUAGUUUUGCUAGUUUCCACUUAUAACGAUGCGUGUUGAGAGUGUUCAUGUAUAGUUAGCGUUGCAUUAUCAGUCAUUCCAUUUUAUUUCAUAAGAUUCUCAACACAUUGCUGUCAUCAAAACAAGCAUCCUAUCUUCAGACUGAGAUUGACUUUGUUUAUGGUUUUGGGUUGUAGACUUGUGUGUGUCUCUAGGUGUUCAUGUUCUCAACUUUAAAUAUUGGAACAUCAUGUUACAUGUACAUGUAUGUCGCUACCAGAACUCACUGAUGUUUUGAAGCAUAGGGCCAACAUUCAAAUAAAAACAAGAGUCCUGCGUGUGACCCAUAUAUAAUCAGGCAUUCUCUCUACUUGUCUAGUCAAAUUGUUCAAAAUAGGCAUACUGGCUUGGAUUUUUUCCGAAGCAGUUCCACUGUAACACUGCUGUAAGAUUCCCACCAAACAAAACUUAGUAAAAUUGCACUAAAAGCAUCUGCCAUCGAGUUUGGUCCAGAUAAUUGCUUUUACCUUGAAUGCGUAUGGUAUUAUAAUGGCUAUCAAAUGCCAUUCUGUUCUUCACGACUUGAAUAUUGCCAGGCAGCAUUGUGACAUCAGCACGGAUACAAUAAUCAUUGCUCAAUUUUGGUUUAACUUUGGGAUUCUAUAUACUGGUAGUAUCUUGUAAACCUGGCUGUAGUAUCUUGGAGCUGUACUCAGAAAGGCAGAGGGUUUCAUUUCAUUCGUAUCAUUUGAGUGUAUACAUGUGCAUGUUUUGUUAUUAGUGAUGAUUUCUUUUUCAAUGUAUGCAAUGAAGGACAUCGGUAUUUGUCCUAAAUAACACUUUAUUUAUUGAUGCUAUGCCAUCAUGUCGUUCAUUUCACUGCAUGUCAAUAUUCUUGAUUUUUGCACCCAGAACGUUAAUUCUCUCGACAUUUUAUUGUUUAUACGUAUCUCUAAUCACAUUUAAAUCAGCCAAUUACUCUAAUUAAAACCUGUCCUGCCUGUGAUUAUUAUUGAAUUUUCUUUUAAAACCAUAAGCCUGAGAUUUUUGAGAGAAAACAAUUUUCUUUUCAACGCUGGUUUAAGGCUAAUGAACCUCUGUAGAUUUCUGUGUAGAAUUAGAUCUGUGAUAAUUUCUAUUUUAGUUCUAUUUUGAACUCUACUACUACUUAACCUUUUUUUAAAUGAUUCUAAUUCAAGAUGAUAUCUCCUUCGCUAUGGAACAUUCCCAGAUGUUAUUCUGUUGGUUAUGGCUUCUAUGGUGUCAUUUGCCACUGCAAUGUAAUGUCCUGCAUCACAUUGCAUUGUGUCAUGACGUCAUGAGAUGGAUAUUUUUGUCCGUCGUACCGUCGUACCAGGCCCAACCGAAAAACCUGUCCCCUCAGUGAAGUAGUUGAAUCUAUGUAACACGUUAUCAAGCCUUCGCUUACUGCUAAAAAGGCCAAGCAUCUUAAGUAUCGUUCAUUAUGAUCUUAAGACUACUCUUGAAGUCUUUCUUGGGAAGAUAUGUCAUGCUUGGGCUGCACACAUGGUAUAAAAGUGGUUUGCGGUGGUUGCUGGGGUUUUCAUAAAGGAAUAUGCAGUUUUAUUUUGACUGGCUCCUUCCAUUCCUUUCUUUUGUAGAGAUUUUUUUUGAUUUGCUGACAUUUGUGGUGUGCUUGUUUAUAGCUGUGCGUGUAUGUGUUCAAAUCUGAUGCAAUAUUUGUUAGGUUUAGGUUUGGGUUUGCUUGUAAUAAUACUGUAUACCAACAGGUAAUUGAUACAUGCAUGUGAAUGUCUAUAAUUGUGAUGUCAUCUGGACUAUUAAGGUAGUCAGAAUUGUAUAACGGAAAGAAUUUGAAUCAAUGUGAAUGAGUGAUUUUUGCCAUGAAGACGAGAGUAAUAAAAGUGGUUCUGCCCAAAAAAAUGUUACGUCAAAAAAUUAGAGAUUUCAAAAACACUUCAGUUUUACUUCUGCAAAAAUAUUUUUUUUUUAAAUUGGUAUUCAAAACCUUGAUACUGCAUUUCUUGUUUUGGCUGAAACCAGAAUUGUUUUUAACAUAAAAGGUGCUUGUUCAGGCUAUUCUAGAAGUAGAAUAUAAUCUGAAUGAAAAAAAGAAAUCUAUUUAGUUUUUUAUGCAUGUGUAUAAUAUUUCUUAAAUCUUGUUGUAUAUAGUUCUGAAUAUGUUCAUAUCAGUUUUGGUGAUGUGCGGGUGAUAGGUGGAUGAAGGGAUGUUUUCUAUGUUUAUAUGAUUGAUAAGUUUGUAUUCUUUAUGAUACAGCUACAUGUAGAUUUAGUGGAAGUCGAGGAUUAAUGAUAACACAUGCGUGUUCACUCAGGCCUAUCCAAGCAGCCGGCCUUUCUCGGUCUUGGCACUUGAACUUUUAGCAUCAUACGUAUCUCCAAGUGAAGAGUGUUUCUCAAAAAACUACCACAGGUGAGAGUGAGUUUCAACGUUGUGCUGGGGUUGCUCUAUGUACAUUGCUGGUGCUGAAAUGUCAAGGCUUUAAAAGGCAUUCUUCCUUUGAAAUAAUCCGUGGUGGAAAAUUCUGGUGCUGGAACUUCACCUCGCCCUAUGUCCUGUGCCAUAUUAUUUUGUACUCUCUCAAUUGAAUCUCAAUACUUCGUUUAUGUCUUCGAUGGUUGUAUGAUAUUCAAGACGUGAUUGUUUGUUUUGAAGGCUGCAUUCUCCAGUCUGAGUGCUCAAAUUUUUAUUGAAUUCAAGAAUAAAACUAGAGAAAAAUAUGUAAGUCUUUGGCAAUCCGUUACCAUAGUGCAGCAUUGGCUUCUUUAACUUAGAGGCUAACUUGCAAGCAGUAAACCGUUCCUGCCCCAGUGGCUCGGAUGAGGGAACCGUUGACAGGUAUGGCAUUGGUUUCCUGCUUGCAGGUAUGUUCUGUAAUGUAUCUUGGCACUUGUGCAUGUCCUGCUGUUCUGUUGCAUUAUUCAGGUACACUACACCAGUUCCUCAUUCGUCCUUCUUCAUUUUGGAGAAUGUUCAAUUUGUAUUAUAGUUUAAGAAUGGAAAUGAAAAAAGAAUGUGUGCAUGCCAAAAAUAUUGUUCUGAUCAUUAUACUUCGAUAAUUUCUGAAUGUUUUUGUAUGAGAUGAUCAAAGUAUGGCAUCUUUAUCUAUUCAUUUUGUGUUUGUGCGGAGACGCACGUAAUAAACUUGUCCAU